AUAACGAACGCUUGAAAAGACGACAACAAAUCCUUAUUUUUAGCCUCGUAAGGAGUUUAAUUGGAUCGAAACGCAUUACAUUUCAAUCGUGAGUCAGUCUUACACCCAUUCCCUCGUGAGCUAAGACAUGAAAGAUUCGUAUUCGUGCGCUACGUUAUCGAUGAGACGAUAAAUGUCCCAGUGCCUUGUGAUUUCCACCGAUAUCUCUUUAGGAAGUGGUUUAAAGUAGUUCCCUGUUUUAAUAGUGCCAGUGAAGGACGCUGGAUAAGGGUGGACCCAGAACAGCCGGGCUCGUUUUUGAGUCUUCCUCUGCACCUUUGAAGCAAGCCAGAUUAGACAGUAGUGAACCAGCUGCCAGGCAAGGCAGUGUGUAUUGGUCACUCCUGCUAAACUAGUACUGCUUAUGUGUUUACUUUGUGGUCCCUGUGUUGCCUGCAGUCACUGAAAUGGUUGUAAUUCAGUCAGCUGAAGUAACCCUGGCUCAAAGACGAACUGACGAUCGUCUUCCCUUACUGUCUGGCGGUCGUUAUCGUGAGCCACCACUUCGCCACCUGUGGCUAGGUCUUCAACGCAGCUCCUGGUUCUUGAUGGUCUAUCCGGUCGUUUUCGUGAUAUACCUAUCGCUAGGUGCCUUUGUGUUCGGUUCAAUGGAGCAGCCUGUGGAACGUCAAUUCCAUCUAGAGAUACGCAACCGCAUCGAAAAAUUUCUGCUCAAAUACCCAAUUCUUCCAGAACAAGAGUUGGAUGCCUUGUUAAUGGAUGUUGUCCGGGCAACAAACCGCGGAGUAGCAGUGACCCGAAACGUCUCAUCCGAACCCAAUUGGAGCUUCGGACAGUCCUUUUUCUUCGCUGGAACAGUUGUCACAACUAUAGGUUAUGGACACGUAACGCCCCUAUCAGAAGGAGGGAAAAUCUUCUGUAUCGUAUAUGCGUUGAUCGGUAUCCCUAUGACGUUGAUGCUACUGACAGCAUUGGUCGACCGACUUAUGGUUCCAAGCACUUGGUUGUUACGCUAUCUCAACGCUAAAUUAGGCCAUCUCUACCAGCCGUUUAACAUCCGAGUCUUCCAUCUGCUAGUCAUCGCCACUAUCCUAGUCGUUUUCUUCUUUCUUGUCCCAGCAGGAGUUUUUAACAUGUUGGAACCCGAUUGGAAUUAUCUUGAUUCGAUCUACUACUGUUUCAUAUCACUUACCACAAUCGGUUUGGGUGAUUAUAUUCCCGGUGACUCUCCUAAUCAACCUCUGAGACCUCUUUACAAAAUCGGAACCACCGUUUACCUUCUGAUUGGCUUGGUGUUUAUGGUACUGACCCUUACCGUCUUCUAUGAAAUUCCACAACUUAACGUCGGUUCCGUUUUCUUACUGAAAUCUGACGAAUAUUUGACCAACGCGUCAACAUACGACUCAGAGAAGGCGCGGAUUCAGGGCGGACCAUCUCUAGGUGGAGUGAUGCCUUCAUCACUCGGCUCUAGCACAACUUCAGCAGUUCCCUUUGGUAGCUAUGGGGCGGGUUAUGGUGCAACUGAAGAAGAAUUAGGUCGACCUAGCCGUCAAAUAGUGCGCGUAAAAUCACGCCGAGAAGAGGACUCACCCAGUCCCGAAGACACAACCCCCGUUCACGCACGACCUUAAAAGUAAAUUCCCAUUUCAAAACCCAGCAAUUUAAUUUUCCUUUCCUUGUUUUGUUUAUUCGUUGCUUUAUUUCAACUCAUCAAUUCACAUUUUCUUUUACGAUAGAUAGUAAGCUGUGUGCUUCAAUGCACUAUCUUUAGAUAUCAAAACAUAAUCUUUCACCCGAGAUAUUAACAACUCCUCCCCCAUCCCCUUAAUUUCAGUUUUUAUUAUUUUUUUUUCCUAUUAAAGACUAAGCCCACUUCCGGGUGGUGAUAUGAUAAACUUUAUUUUUGUCUGAAGAAAAAAAAAUUGAAAACAAGUAUGAUCUCGAGUACUCGCUAAGAUGUUGACGCGCAUCUUUGUUUAAACGUCGAAUCUUUUCAAGGAAGUCGACGGACUUUCGAGUCGUUCAAGAAGAAGAUUAAGGAAAACACAAAAAACCUCGAAACAAAUUUACAAAUUUAGUUUGUAAAGUGCACCAAUUUCGUUAGGACGAUCUCUGUUUUGUUUAAUUUUUUUAAAACUGCAUUAAACACUCUGACACUUCGUAAAAAAAAAUUCUUGUAACCUGAGACGAGAAAGCUGUAACUAUUCUUCCUAUUUAACACUUCCCAAAAUUUCCGAAUCCUUGAAAUCUGUUUGAAAUCCCACUUUGAAGACAAAAGACUUUUAUGUAAAUUUCAUCUGUCACAAAAAGUCGCCAAAUAUCAAAACAAAAGAAAAAAAAAACAACAUUCGGAAUGGAUAUUGUUGAUUGUGCUUUCGAUGUCUCUAUCUCAUCUUUAUCUCUUUCUCUCGUUCACAAUCAAAGUGGUAUUUUUUUCCUUUAAUUGUAAUGCCAUAUCUCAUUGUCACUUCUCCUACAUACGAAUCGGUUUUUCUGAAAACAAAAAAGGGAUCCAUUUGAUAUGAUUAGACUUUUUCCCCGAAAACAAGGCCGAAACUAUACGUUAAUUGUGUGUCGUCAAUGGCUACUUCUAAUUCCACAGAGAUAAUACAUUAAUGUUACCUA